CAGUCCACCACCUUUGAAGAUAAAAAAAAAAAAAAAAAAAGCUUGAAGUGAAGAAUCAAUGGCGGAGAGCAAGGAGGAAGAUGUGAAGCUGGGGGCGAACAAGUACACGGAGAGGCAGCCGUUGGGGACGGCGGCUCAGACGGACAAGGAUUACAAGGAGGCGCCGCCGGCGCCGCUGUUCGAGCCGGGAGAGCUGAAAUCGUGGUCGUUUUACAGAGCUGGAAUAGCGGAGUUCGUGGCUACGUUCUUGUUCUUGUAUAUUACGAUACUGACAGUGAUGGGUGUCGGAAAAGCGCACAACAAGUGCGCCUCUGUCGGAAUUCAGGGGAUUGCUUGGGCCUUUGGUGGCAUGAUCUUUGCCCUUGUCUACUGCACUGCCGGAAUCUCAGGAGGGCACAUAAACCCUGCAGUGACAUUCGGUUUGUUCUUGGCAAGAAAGCUAUCGUUGACUCGAGCAGUGUUCUACAUAGUGAUGCAAUGCCUCGGAGCCAUAUGUGGGGCCGGUGUGGUCAAGGGUUUCAUGAGUGGGCCCUACAUGGCCCUUAAAGGUGGGGCCAACUUUGUUAACCAUGGUUACACCAAAGGUGAUGGCCUUGGUGCCGAAAUUAUCGGCACCUUUGUUCUCGUCUACACCGUUUUCUCUGCCACCGAUGCCAAGAGAAACGCUCGAGAUUCGCAUGUGCCUAUAUUGGCUCCACUUCCGAUUGGAUUUGCAGUGUUUUUGGUUCACUUGGCCACAAUUCCCAUCACCGGAACCGGCAUCAACCCUGCCCGGAGCCUUGGUGCCGCCAUCAUUUACAACAAAGCUCACGCAUGGGAUGACCACUGGAUAUUCUGGGUGGGACCCUUCAUCGGAGCAGCUCUAGCCGCCUUGUACCACCAGAUUGUCAUCAGAGCCAUACCUUUCAAGACCACCACCAGGGCUUGCUAAUUAAAGUUAUUUAUGCAUGCCACCGUAUUUUUCGUUCGUCCCUAUCCGCACUUUAUUAUCCUCCUCUCAUCAGUGUGUUAAUUGUGAUUAAGUUGUCAAUUUGUGUGUAAAUUAUGAGGCUUGUGUAUCUAUGUGCUUGUUUCUUCUUUUGAAUUAAGAAUUGUUAUAUGAAACCAUCAUGUAAAGAGCCUAAGGUCUCGUUUGGUUGCCGAUAUAUGAUUAGCCAACAUAAGAUUAAAUGACAA